UGGUUUUUCUACAGAAUAGCAAAGUAUAUAAUAGCAAAAUUGAAAAGCUAUUAGCCCAGUUUUACCAUCAAGCGAGUAUAAUAUUUGUUAGAUAAAAUACCUGUAUUUUCAUUUCAGAUAAAACAAACGAAAAUGCUGAAGUUCUUCGUUCUUUUGGUGACAGUGGGAGCUGCGUUUGCGCAUCAUGCGGAUGGAGUGCACACCGCGACGGUAGUUUUGACUGGCAAUGACGAUGUCCACGGUACUGUCACAUUCACUGAGACUGAAGACCACAAGGUCCGAGUGCAAGGCACCAUCACCGGCAUGCCAGCCGGCGAGUACGGUUUCCACGUCCACGAAAAGGGAGACCUCAGCGGUGGAUGUAUGUCCACCGGAUCCCACUUCAACCCUGAGAAGCAACCUCAUGGUCAUCCCAAUGAUCAAGCUCGCCACGUAGGUGAUUUAGGCAACGUUAUCUUCAACGAUCAAAAAGUUGCCAACAUCGACUUCACAGACAGCCAGCUAUCCCUCCGUGGUGCCCACAAUAUCCUCGGAAGGGCCGUGGUCCUCCACGCUAAAGCUGAUGACUAUGGAAGGAGCGACCAUCCAGACUCUAGAACGACUGGCAACGCUGGUGGACGAGUCGCUUGCGGAGUCAUCGGACUGAUGUAGGGCACUAUUGAUUAUGGUCAACACCAUAUUAGGUUAUAAGUAACCGUAAAAUUCCUGUACUGUUUGUUACUAAGUAAAAAAAAUUGGCUGCGGAAACCAGGCGUUUUGUGAUAUAUCGAUAUGCUGCUGUAUAUACCUUUUCGUCUUCGUGAUGAGUAAUCACAACUAUUGCUGAUGAAAUGUUACAUUAUUUGUAGUUAUAAACAA